UGAUAAGGUGUUGAUAAGGGUGGGACCGAGAGGCUAAACUAGCCGAAGCUUACAUAACGUAUCAAGCUAACCCAGUAACUAUUUUUUUUCUCGUUCCAAAUUUGACACGAAACAGAAAAUCUUCUCCUUCUUUAACCUUCCAUUCCCGUCGUUCCUCUUCCGACCGAGGUGAACUUCCAAUUGGCCCAACCAUGCGAACGGCAGCGCUGCCUGCCUCCCCGUGUGCCGUGCCACCGUCUUCGUCAUUGCCACCUUGAGGCUCUUGUAGUCGUGUGUGUUGUAGGCAAUACGUGUCUUUGUUGUCCUCUAUUUCUUCACCUGCGAAUAGGAACUGCAAAAACACCUCUUUCCAUCAACACUUCGUAAAUCAAAAGUUGUUUUUGUUUUUUCCCCUCUCUUAGAGUAAUUGAUCAAAUACUCUAACUACCGCAAUCAUGGCGGACAUGGUUAGUGUCUACAUGAGCACCCCUCCGAUCGCUAGAACGGUCGCGACGGCGGUGUUCCUCUGCUCUGUAGGAGUCUACACGGGCAUGCUGAAUGCCGAGCCAUUCAUCUUCCACUAUUCGCGGCUCAUUCAGUUCCCGCCCGCUCUAUAUCUAAUCGUAACGAGCUUCCUCUUAACAGGAUCCGGAAUGAGUGUGUUGUUUGAUACCUACUUCAUAUUCAAUUAUCUAAGCCAGCUUGAGACGGGUAACUCCAAGUUCUCGAAGAAGGAGGAUAUGAUCUGGUACCUCUUCUUCCUCGCCUGCGUCAUUCUGCCUCUGAAUGCGUUCUUCACAGGUGGUUUCAUGCUCCUCCACGCUCUGCUCAUUGCCUUGUGUUACACGGCAACGCAGGAUCAGCGAGGGAUGAACGCCCACUUUUAUAUCAUCACUAUCCCCGCACAACUAAUGCCUUAUUGUCUUCUGCUCGUACAGCUUCUAUUUCCGAAUGGCUGGGAGAGCUUGAAGAUUGGGUUGACUGGCCUCGUUGCUGCUCACCUUCACGACUUUCUCACUCGGAUAUAUCCCGAGUUCGGACAUGGUCCAAACCUAAUUCCUACGCCUCGGUUCCUUUCAUGGAUUAUGAGCACACCUGCUGUCCAGAAUACUGUCUAUGGCCAGUCGACUGCCCCCUCUGCCGGGGGAGGAAGGACUGGCCCUCUACCAGACUCAUGGAGGACUAAAGGGCCUGGAAGACGUCUGGGUUAAGUAAUACAGGUUUAUAUAAAGUAAUUGGUAGUCACCCAGAAGAACAAAUAAUAUGUAGUAAUGCCUUGAUUGCACUAUCGUUAUUA